GACCGAAUUCCCGUUAUAAUGAAAAUCACUUGUUGUCUACACGGGCAGUGCGCCGACCGCACGCCCUUCUAUAACCGCGAAUGUUUGAUUUUUAUAUUCGGACAAUUUUUUUGCAACGACCAGUGCAAGGAACAUACACUGUUUAAAUUAUUAGUGUAAAUAAAAUAUUAAAUAUGUGUUUAAGAAGUUCUUUAUUUUAUAUCUCUGUGGCGAUAACCAUAGCAACCGUGGUGGGGGAGUGUGGGCCGCGGUUGAAAUACACCUGGGGCGACGCUCUACAAGGCACAGAUUGUCCAGGGCCAGAUGGUACACCGUAUCCUAGGCAUUUAGUGAAUCGUGCAUUAAAAUCGGGACCAUGGGGUCAAUCGUCGCGACAAGGGCGCGUGGCGAGGACAUUAGACCCGGCGCUCAUGAGGAGAGCGUUGCUGGAAGCGCAUAGCGGGUACUCGGAGGGCGCUAUGAAACCACCUAAUAAUAGAACAGCACGAGCAACAAACCUCCCCGGUGUACCCACAAACACGUGCGGGGGGACCCGCCUCUGCCGGACGCGGUACAACACAACCGCGCCGAUGUACGGCGUGUCCCUCACUUCGGGGCAACCGGUGACGAUUGUACAAAAGUUCCCGGAUUUAUUGCAGCAAGUGGUUUUUGAAGUUUGCGAAUCGAGCGAAUGUUCAGUAGUCCGUGGUUCCUGCACACAAACAUACGUACCCUAUUUAUUCUUAGUUCUACCUUUAGGGCCUGUGACCCUUACAGGGCAAGAUUAUGUACUGGUCGAAUCCGGGUGUGUUUGUAGACCAGACCCUAUCUAGAUAUCUUUAGAUAUAAAAGUUAGUCCAUUUUUCAGGUUUUGACUGUCUUAUCUUAUUGUACUUUAAAACUGGUGAAAUGGGAUUAAAAUUUGUGAUUUUUAAUCCUGUUUCACUUACCUUGUAACUUUGCGGCAUUUAUUUGUAAGGGAUCAGAAUAUAUUGACAGAUACUACAUAAUGUGGUCUUCAAAAUACAAAAUAUUAAAUUAAUUUUAUUAAUAAAUCUGAUUAGAGAAGGUGGUUACAACACAUUGCUAACUUUCUAUAAAACAGGAAAUUUGAUGUUUUGUCGAUAUCCUGUUAAUAAUUUAAACAUUCAAAAAUCAAAAGUCUUAUACUUAGAGGCUUAUAGUGCAGUGAAUAAGAAUUUCUCGUUAUUAUUUUAAGUAGAAUUUUUACAUUACGAUAUAAAUGAAUACAGUUAUUUUAUCUGUUAUUUAAAUAAAUACUGUCAUGAUGACAUUUCCCGCUUAUCUUAACGUCAAAUAGUUAAAACCUUUGUAUUUAUUGUCUACAAGGAUCUAUGUAUUAUAAAUUCAAACUAGGUUUAAAAAAAUAUUUACGUAGAUAACUAAAUAAAAUUAAUGGGACCAAUUUUAUUUAAUAAUUUUAUUU